UAUCGCCAACAGGUUUUCAACGUACAAGCGACUCAGUCAGAGUUCGAACGUAAAGGCAAGCGGUCGUGCGCGAUUACAUGUAUGUACAAAUACUUAUGUAUAUAGGCUAUAAUUAAAAAUAUCAUGUGUUUACGAAUUAUUUAGUGCUGUGUAAAAACAUAAACAUUAAAUUAAGUGUUAAUAAGUAAAAUAGAAGCAUUGGAGUUAUUAAAAAAAACUAUGUCUAACAGCAUGGAGGAAGGGAAGAUGGAUUUGAAUGGCAAGAAUAUUAUUUAUAUCGGUGGUUUUGGUGGCAUUGGUUUGGAAACAUGUAAAGAAUUGGCGCAAAAAGGUGUUGCGAACCUUAUGAUACUAUAUAAGACCUGGAAUGAAUCAGCGUUCAAAGAACUUAACUCAGUCGAUUUGCGUUGUGUGUGCCAGUUUACGCAGUUUGACAUCACCUGCGGUUUGGAAAAGACGCGUCUAUUAUUUAAACAAAUAGCGGAGAAAUUCGAAAACAUCGAUGUGCUAAUUAAUGGCGCGGGUAUAUGUGAUGAAAGAGAUUUCGAUAGUAUAAUCGCUGUUAACUUUACGGGCACCAUUAAUGCCACUCUCGUUGCCUACGAUCUAAUGGAUAAGUGCAGAGGUGGUAAAGGCGGUGUAGUUGUGAAUAUCUCUUCGGUAGCGGCACUAACACCCUUCCCCGUCCUACCCAUAUACAGUGCGACAAAGGGAGGGAUAUUGAACUUUACACGAGCAUUAGCGCAAUUAGAACCCAAAUCCGGCAUAACUUUAUAUAGUAUUUGUCCCGGCAUUACGAACACCAAACAUUGGGACGAUGUGCACCAUUUCCAAGGCAGAGAGUUAUGUUUUAAAGAGAAAAUGCGCAGUCGGCCGUUUCCAACGCAAACGCCUAGCGAUUGUGCAAAGAAUAUCAUCAAAGCUAUGGAAGCGCAUAAAAAUGGCGUUACCUGGAUGUGUGAUCUGGGGCAGCUUAAAUUGGUGGAAAUAAAGAAUUUUUGGACACCACCACAUCACAAGCAAAAUCCGGAGACUGAGCAAAGUUAGAAAACAUGCUGAGCAAAGGUGCAUCUGAAGAAUCUAGAAAGCGGAAACUGCAAGUGUCUGCGCGCGAAAAGUGAUACAGCUGAUAUAAUCAAUUGAGAAUGAAACUAAGGGACGCAGAGCUCGACAUUCUACAAUUCAUAGACUGAAUAAUUAAAUAUACAUAUUUAUGUACUAUAUAAAUUUCUACGUAAGGAGUACCUUAUUUCUAGACUAUAAGAAUUUAAUAAAAAAAAUUACACAUAUUGUA